UCACGGUAACAGUUCCGGGUCGGCGUUCCUUAGAUCCUGGAAACAGCAGCUUUUUGCUUCCCUACGAGCAAUUUCAUUCAUCGUUACAUUUUGUGCUUGUUUGUCUUCUCCGUCGUCAACAUGCCUUUAAAGUUCGAACUUUGCCCCGGUCGGAUGAUCGGAGCCAACCAUCCGUGUUUCAUUAUCGCAGAAAUUGGGCAAAAUCACCAGGGAGACAUCGAGCUCGCUAAGAAAAUGAUCAAAAUGGCAAAGGACUGUGGUGCUGAUUGUGCGAAGUUCCAGAAGAGUGAACUGCAAUACAAGUUCAACAAACGCGCAUUAGAGCGUCCAUACAAGGCCAAACACUCGUGGGGGGAAACCUAUGGUGAACAUAAACGCCACCUGGAGUUCAGCCAUGAGCAGUACAAAGAGUUACAGACGUACGCAAAGGAAGUGGGAAUCUUCUUCACUGCCUCAGGGAUGGAUGAGAUGGCGGUAGAAUUCCUCCAUGAGCUAAAUGUGCCUUUCUUUAAAGUGGGCUCAGGAGACACCAACAACUUCCCUUACCUGGAGAAGACUGCCAAAAAAGGGCGUCCCAUGGUGGUGUCCAGCGGGAUGCAGUCCAUGGAGACAAUGCGUCGGGUGUACAAGACAGUGAAGGAGCACAACCAAAAUUUUGCGAUCCUGCAGUGUACCAGUGCCUACCCCCUUGAGCCUGAGGAUGUCAACCUCAGAGUGAUCACAGAAUACCAGAAGGAAUUCCCUGAUAUUCCAAUUGGGUAUUCUGGCCACGAGUCCGGAAUCAGUAUUUCAGUGGCGGCUGUUGCUCUGGGGGCAAAGGUCAUAGAGCGUCACAUCACACUGGACAAGACUUGGAAGGGAAGUGACCAUGCAGCAUCCCUGGAGGCUUCCGAGCUGGCCGAGCUGGUCCGUUCCAUCCGACUGGUAGAGAGGGCACUGGGAAGUGGUCUCAAGAAGAUGCUACCUUGUGAGAAGCCGUGUCGUGACAAGCUGGGAAAGUCAGUUGUGGCCAAGGUGAAGAUCACCAAAGGAACUGUCCUCAGUCUGGACAUGUUAACAGUGAAGGUGGCCGAGCCCAUGGGCGUAGCGGCUGAGGACAUCUUCCAGCUGGUUGGCAAGGCUGUGACAGCGGAUGUAAGCGAAGAUGAGAGUGUCUCACCAGAGGUGGUGGACAGCUAUGGAAAGAAGGCCAAAUGCUGAGGAUGGGGGAGAAAGUGGUGAUGAGGAGAGAAGCACUUACAUGGUGAGGACCCGAAUUACGAGGGCAUAACAUGGUGGGUGAUUUGCUUUCACAUUGUUUUCGUAAUCAGGAAGAAGAGGAGAUAAUUGUCCUCUGAGGUGGCGCAAACUGGGUUGGGUCCUUACCUUGAGACAAUUAGACUGAAGAUAAACGAAUCAAUAAUUGUACUUGAAAGCCAAGGUCAAACGGUGGAGAAUGCUGCUUAUUAUCCUCAACAAGAUGAACUACAUUGUCACAUGUUGCAUUGCCUCCUUGUAUAAUGCAAUUUUUUGUGCCUAAUAAAGAGGAAAAUACAGCUAUCCACA